AGCGCAACACAGCUGCGCAUGCGCAUAUCCAUCAUAUCCAUGGGCAAGGGACGUGGAUAUCACAAUUCAAAGAGGCAACUACCUUCCAGACUUCUAACGGUGUACUGACUGCUGCCAAUAUUUCCACUGUUCCUUCUGCUCCCCCAAAUGGUUUCUGCCCAACACAAAGUCAAAAGUUUUGAUACAUCUAAAGAAACACAGUAUAUCAAUACAACAUGGAGGUUACAUCAUACACAGGUGUUGUCACCUGUGUCGAGACUUGCCACGCUAUCACUGUUCUUGUUGUAAAUCCACACUUCUGAGAAGAAUGGACUUUAAGAGGCAUUUGGAAGUGUGUAAUAGUAAAAACAGUGACACUGCUAUACAGUCGCCCUCAGCCAAUGAAAACACUUCUAAGCUACCACUUGUCUCAGAAAAAACACCUCAACAUCAAGACAUUUUGAAAAAACGCAAGCAAGUGCAAAAAAUUGACAUAACAUCCUCCUCCCAUUUGAAAAGUAAAAAACGUGUAGUUUUUGUUCAUCACCUUAAACAUGAGUUGAGCCCUACCAUUAAAGAAAAUGAUGAAGCAAAUAAAAAUAUGGAUAUAACCAUUCAAAGAGGCGAUACCCUUCCAGAAGUUAAAAGAUGUACUGAUUGCUGCAGUAAUUUUCACUGUCCUUUUUGUGCCCCAAAAUGGUACCGGCCCACCGGAAAGUCCAAGAUAGAUACACAUCUAAAGAUACACUUCAAUCGUGCAGUGCGUUAUGAAGGUUACACCAUACACCGAUGCCGACGCAAUUGCCGAAAAACACCACACUAUCACUGUCCUUACUGUAAAUCCACACUGCUGAGAACACUGGACUUUACGAGACACUUGCAGUUGUGCAAAAGUAAAGCAGACACUGGUGAUGCAGCAGAGACUGGUGUUCAGUCCUCCUCAACUGUUGAAGACACGACUGAGCCCAGUAACAUCACACCAGUUGCCAACAAAGAACAAAAGGAAAGACCAAAGUGUGUUCCUCAGGUGUGCGCUGUUGAUGGACAAAAUGGAGAACCAAAUGAAAAUGUGCAUAUAACAGUUCAAAGAGGUGAUUCUCUUCCAGACCUUGAAAAGUGUUCUGACUGCAGCAAUAUUCACUGUCCAUUCUGCUCCACAAAAAUGUUCCGGCCCUCCAAAAAGUCAAGGGUUGUAGAACAUCUGAAAAAACACUUCAAUUAUUCAGUGAAAUUUGAAGGUUUCACCAUUCACCGCUGUCGUCGCACCUGCCGCUCCGUGCCACACUAUCACUGUCCUUACUGUAAGUCCUCUGUCCUGAGAACAAUGGACUUUAUGAGGCACUUGCAAGUGUGCAAAAGUAAAGAUUUAUCAGUCACUGCUAUUCAGUCCUCCUCUGCUGCUGAAGACCGUUUGAAGCUGGCCAACUCCACACCGGUUUAUAAAAACAUCACAUGGAAAAGACCAAACUUGAAAGAAAAGAAAAACACACAUCUCAAAUGCCCCAAAUGUCAUUUAGUAUUUUAUAGGAAAAAUCUGAAAAAGCACAUAGAACGCAAGCACUCACUACAAGAGUUGGACAUUUCAGCUUUCUCUCAUUUGAAAAGUGAGUGUGUAGAUCCCCAGAAUGGAGUGUAUGCUGUCCACAAUAUUAUCCGUGGGGUUUCAAGGCCUCUCCAUGUCCAAAUCAAAUUGCAGGGUGAAGUAGAGUGCGUUUUGUGUGAUUCUAGCUUGUGUCAAAGUAAACUUGAGCUGGCGCGUAGUGAGCUCAAGUCAUACAAAUGCAAACAUCUCCAGUCUGUUUCAAACUGCAGGUCCUUCCUGUCCUCACCACUGCUUCCUCAAAGUAUACUUACAGAAAUGGCAAAGAAAAAGUUGUUUGCGAAGAGUAAAAUAAAAGUGUGUACUGAUCGUCAAAUUUUAGCCAUGCAAAACAAUGUGCCACUUUCUGUCCAGUUGAUGAUGGGGAAUCCAACAUAUAAAAAGUUUAUUUCAGUUUAUGAGCCCAAUAUAUCCGUUUACAGUCGACUUCGCAGGAUAAUUGUGUCAUAUAAUGAAGAAAAGAAUUUGUGGUACUGUCCUUGUUCCAGGACGAAGAGGACUUGUGUUCAUAAAUAUGUUGCCAAAUGGCACUUAUUCCAAACUGAUCCAGGUCUGUUUCGUAAUAAUAAGGUGCAGACUCCCAGUAAACCACGAAAUAAAAAAACUAAAAGACCAAAAGUACAGUCACUUCAAAGGACCGAUGUACUGUCAAAACAAAGGGCUGAAGCAGAUCUUGAGAGCCAUGUCGAGGAUACAGCAUUGGACCCCAUAGAAACAAUGGAAGCUAUUGAGUCCCUAGAUUCAAUGGUAGCUGAAAUGGAUACUCAUGUGAGCAUGGCCACUUACCCACCAAAGGAUGUUCAAAUGAUCAGAAGCAUGGUGCAGUACCUCCUAAUGAAUAAAAGGUUACCUGCACUUCUCCCUGACCAUCUCUCUGUACCUGCGGAAAAGGAUUACCCUCAACACCUGGUGCCCACCGAAACAAACUGCCUUUACUGUACAGAUGCCAUCGUCCUAAGCCAACCUGUCCUCAUCACCCACAAGGCCAAGAUCCUCACAUACUCAAGGAUUCUUCAAGAUAUUUCUACUUAUUAUAAAUUCUGUCCUCACUGUGGAGUCCCAUAUCGAUAUCAGGAGUGGGGAGAUGGUCUGCAUAAUUUCAAUGACCAUUUACUACUGGAUCUAUCCCUUUGCCUCAUGAUCAGGAACACACUGCAUGCCCACACCAGUUUUGGCCAAAUAGUGGAGUCUUUGAAGUCAAAUAAAGGUGCCUCGUUUCCCUCAGCUGAUACUCUGCUCCGAGGGUAUCUCCAUUUUGAGGCCCUCACGGACAGUCAGAAUCAGUACUCCUGUGUCACCUAUGGUAACCGUCCACCUGUAGUCGUCAUGGAGCUCAACAACAAGACGUUUCAUUUGUCAGGGAGGGACCUUGUAGAGCCAACAGCAGAUUUAAAUGAACCAGGGGACAUGGACCACUUGUGGAAAGCUCUGAAAGAGGAAAGAAUUGCCCGUGGACUGGUUUCUAGUACAAAACAGCCUGUUUUAUACAAAAUAAUGUGAUCACUCAGUUUUAACUAUUCUUUUGACCUAUUUUACUGCAAUUCUUGAUUUUCUUAUUUGAUUUUAUUUAUUGUUUAUACAAGAGUCAGCCAGUCAAGGAGACACUCUAUACUUUUCCAUACUAUGCAAAAAAAGUGUAUAUAAAGACAAUGUCAUGAAAAUGUUUUUUAUUUAAUCGGGAAUCCGAUAGACAAAGAAAAAGUGUGAGUGUAAAUUUGUUAUUGUUUUUGUUUUACAUUUGCUGUUUGAAACAGCAUAAUGAAACAUUGGACAUUUGAAAAAUACAGUCUGAGAACUAUA